AACACGAAGAAAUCAGACACGCUUUUGUAGAAAUAGUCGCAGUCUAGUGAGAACACGGGGAAUCCAGGGCUUCCAGUACUUUGACCGAGAUUGCCAUCCAGUGCAGACCGUACAGAUUUAUUAUUUUACCAAUUCGCGGCAGCCAGUCCGCUAGGAUUCCGCAAGAGCUCGGGGCUUGGCGCACAUUUGCAUUACUAUCAGACCAGCCUGAACUCCAGCGAGCUUUCCGCUGCACAGCCAUGCAGUGAGCAGCGCGGAUGAGUACGCUUCGCAGCACAGGCAACUAAAAGACCAACUUUGCAACUACAACUCGCGACGAAAAAUACAGGGUCCGUGCUUAUUCUCUCGUAGUCGUAAUUUUAAAAUUGAUUUCCCGUGCAGACUCGUACGGAAAACGUUUGGGUUAUAUUAAGCUGGAUGGGAAAAUAAAGCGCACGGCAAGGGACUACAUUUCGUGGCGGAUUAUUACUAGUUUCACUAGUGCAGAGAGGAGUUGUGUGGCGGACGUAUUCUGUCUUGCCGAAGAAUCGGAACAAUCGAAGUUUCAGUCCGGAUUGCGGCUGUUCCGUCCGACUUUAUGUAGGUUUUUGCGAGAAAAAAAACAAACCCAACCAUCGCGGUCACGACGUCUUAGGAAGCGGCCCCUGUGCUCGAUCCCAGAAAAGCGGCUCGUAAUUGGGGGAGGACAUCGGCGAGCUCAAGAUGUCAAUUUUGCCGUUUACCCCCCCGAUCGUGAAAAGGCUCUUGGGCUGGAAAAAAGGGGAACAGAACGGACAGGAGGAGAAGUGGUGCGAGAAGGCGGUGAAGAGCCUGGUGAAGAAGCUGAAGAAGACGGGCCAGCUGGAUGAGCUGGAGAAAGCCAUCACGACCCAGAGCGUCAGCACGAAAUGCAUCACCAUACCGAGGUCCCUGGACGGCCGGCUGCAGGUGUCCCACAGGAAGGGUCUGCCCCACGUUAUCUACUGCCGCCUGUGGCGCUGGCCAGACCUGCAGAGCCACCACGAGCUGCGCGCUGUGGAGCUCUGUGACUUUGCCUUCCACAUGAAGAAAGACGAGGUCUGCGUCAACCCCUACCACUACCAGCGCGUGGAGACACCAGUGCUCCCUCCGGUCCUCGUGCCGCGCCACACGGAUAUCCCGAGCGAAUUUCCGCCGCUGGACGACUACAGUCACUCCAUCCCAGAGAACACCAACUUUCCAGCUGGCAUCGAGCCCCAGGGUAACUACAUCCCAGAAACACCACCUCCGGGGUACCUCAGCGAGGAUGGAGAGACCAGCGAUCACCAGAUGAACCACAGCAUGGAUGCGGGUUCUCCUAACUUGUCGCCGAACCCAGUGUCUCCUGCACACAGCAACCUAGACCUGCAGCCAGUGACCUACUGUGAACCAGCCUUCUGGUGCUCCAUAUCGUACUACGAGCUGAACCAGCGCGUUGGGGAGACCUUCCACGCGUCGCAGCCCUCGCUCACCGUGGACGGCUUCACUGACCCCUCCAACUCGGAGCGCUUCUGCCUGGGCCUGCUGUCCAACGUGAACCGCAACGCCGCCGUGGAGCUAACGCGCCGGCACAUCGGUAGGGGAGUGCGGCUGUACUACAUCGGAGGCGAGGUCUUUGCCGAGUGUCUCAGCGACAGCGCCAUCUUUGUCCAGAGUCCCAACUGCAACCAGCGCUACGGAUGGCACCCGGCCACCGUGUGUAAAAUCCCGCCCGGCUGCAACCUGAAGAUCUUCAAUAACCAGGAGUUCGCCGCCUUGCUGGCGCAGUCUGUGAAUCAGGGGUUCGAGGCCGUGUACCAGCUGACGCGCAUGUGCACCAUCCGCAUGAGCUUUGUAAAGGGCUGGGGAGCCGAAUACAGGCGGCAGACCGUGACCAGCACCCCCUGCUGGAUUGAGCUGCACCUAAACGGACCCCUGCAGUGGCUGGACAAGGUCCUCACCCAGAUGGGCUCCCCCAGCAUCCGAUGUUCCAGCGUGUCCUAAAAACACUGGGGGGGGGGGGGGGGGGAGCUUCCUCGGCACAUACCAACGAAAGCACAGACCAAAACCCGAGACGUGAAAGUACCGCGAAGGGCCUACCCUCCCCCCGCCAGCCAGCGGGGGCGCGCGCCGGCUUUGCUUCAGGCAACGACCUUAGCACUUUUUAUUUUAUUUUUUUUGUAAUCCACGUGUUGGCAAAGGGGAUGAGUGCAUUACAGACAGUACAGCUACUAUGGUGCGUCCCCAGCACUCGGGCCCUUUGGGGAGGGAAAAUUGCCAUUUAGUUGCAAACAGCUGUAGCAUGUAAGCAGUGAGAGUGACUUUUAAAUGUCAGCAGAAUAAUCUGCACAUUUCAGUUGUACAUAUAUCUAGUGUUAGAUAAUGAACCAUGCUACGCUUUUUUGUAUAGAACAAAAGAAUACAGAUUUCACUGAAAUUCUACGGUUUUAGUUUUAUUCAUAGGCCAGAAGAAUAAAGAUUGCUGGAGGUUAAUCAUAAAUAUGCUAAAUGUAUAGUAUGUAUAGUUUCCAUGAGAGGUAUUCCGCCAUUUUCGCCUCAGAGCAGCUCUUAAAGGGAUGCCCAGUAAGAUGCUUUUAUGCAUCAUGUUUUGUAAACACCCCCCCCCCAGUAUUUUUUUAUUAUUAGUCAUAGUGUUAGUAGUAGUUUAGAGCAGGGGCAGAGAUGUGUGUGUGUGUGAGUGAUCACACCCGGCUCCUUGCAUCGCGGCCUGCAUGCUGCCCCUCGUCUGCUUCGUAUCCGCCUUGAAUGCCCCGCUAAGGCUGCAGAGUCGCUCAGGUAUCCUGAGUGUCGUUGCUCUUUGGCUUCUGUACAAUGCUUAGGGCUGCGCUGCAGCCCCGAGGACCUCUUCUGUCCUGGGGUGUCGCCAUGUCGGCGGCCAGCCCAGCAGGCGCUAAACCGGCAGCCAGUCCCCAUCUCUGCCUGCUGGGGGCGCCACCCCACCUUUACGCGGAGCCUCUGGUGCAGGCUGGACGCUUUCCCAGCGCGGGGCCGCGUGUGCGUAUGUUAAGUGCUUUAUGGCAGUACUUUUCUAUUGGGACUGUAAAAUGCGUUCAUUCAGUAGUUUACGCUGUAGUGCUUAAGCCAAUCAGUAUAUUCACUUCUCGGUGUCUCUUGGACAAAACGCAGCUACGUUUAUUCCAGCUCUGCCAAAGUGUCAUGGUGUCUGGGUCUUUUUUUAGAUGCGCAUUUUGACAAAGCUAAAUAUUUGAACAAAACUUUAUGAAGAGAGAAACUGAACCAGUUUAUUAUAUAUAAUAUUUUUUGCAUGAAAAAAAAAGUCCUGUAUUGAAAAUACAGGAGCGUAUUGCUAUUCGCUUUCUUUUUUGCCAUAUGGAGGUGGUAGUGCGUAGCGAUGAAGUGUGAUGUAAAGGGCUCUGUGGCAUUAAAACUAAUGGAGAAGGGAGGUCUAGACUGCCCUCCCUUGACAGAGUUGUGUGGUGCUUGUCCUGACCUCCAAGACACGGCAUAUAGGAGCGAGUGUGUCGGCAAGACGCGCACAUACCUUCAGCUGGCGUAGCUACCUGGCCAUAAGGCCAGCUAACGUGGGAGCGGCCCCCCAGGGAGGGCCCCUUGAGACCCGCCAUUUCUGCUCUUUACCGUGCGUGUGACAACACCAGAGCAGUGCGUGUCGAACACAGGACCAUCCUGGGUUUUGAACUAGCUUGAGGAAAGAAUGAAUCUUUAUGUCUAUAAAGAUACAUUUUCUGAAGUUUCCACUCUGUACUGUAGACUUUCGUACCAAGUAGAUUUUUAGAAAGGUAUUUAUUGUAAUGUGGUUCAACACAAAUAAUCCUCUGUAAUGUAAUAGGAGAGGGGCAGAUGGAGUGGCUUGCUCCUCAUGUCCUGCUAUUUUUCUAACAGAACCAGCAGUUUGCAGAGGCUGGUUUUUAAAAACGAAAUUUCCCCCCCCCCAGAUAAGCCCCCUUUCCCUUCCUGAUUUGCUAAAAAUUUCCAGUGAAUUUUUUAAAAAAAAAUUUUAUUUGAAGAGCUGGUUUUUUCCUUCCCCACAGCCCUCAGACCCGGUGGCGUGUUCGGGUGCAGGGUGGGACAGAGCUGAUGGCCCCCAGCCACGACAGGAGUCUCACAUGAUGGGUGGGCAGGUGCCAGGCCGGGGGCCCCGUCUGCAGGGGCCAGCCGUGUACGUGGACGGAAAGCAGGCACACGCCCACUGCUUAGCGCAAUGAUGCGCGUGACGCGCAGCGGUUAUUAAAUCCAGCGCGUUACUCAGCGCUUUGUUUAGCAGUUGUCUUGUUUAGAGAUGGUCUAAGUGGAUACUGGUGGGUUUGAAGUUAUUUCCUUUCGAGGCAGCUUGUGUCCCCCCCCUCCCCAAGCAACUGGUACAGAAGCGAGUCCCAGGCCUCUCUGCUGUGACCCCUUCCUGUCAUCAGGGCCUGGAGGUGUUCCUUCCACACCUGCUCCCCCAUCAUCAGCCAGCCUGACUAUUAUAAAAUGUCCUUUGGAUAUUUAAAAUUGUAUUUAAAAAAAAAAAUGUACUCAUCCUCUGUUUCAGUACUUGUUUUUGAUUUCCCAAUGUAGCCUUUAAUUGGUGCUUAGUCGUGUGUGUGUGUGUGUGUGUGCUUUUUUCAGUCUUAGGUGUCCUUUUUGUAUAAAAAAAUAUAUAUCCUUUCCACUUAAAAUAUUGCUUUGUAUUUUGUUGGUCUUUUAAUAAAUACUGAAAGUGAA